UCUGCUGCCUUCUGCUUCUCUCUGUCCCUGUUUCGGAUACACAGAGUGUCCUCCUGCUGGAUCCUCUGCCUCUCCCUCUCUUCCUCUUUUUCUUCCUCUGCUCAUGGAGAUCAGAGGCCCAGAGACCCGCACCAUCCAGCAGCAGAUGGAAGACCUCCAGAGACCACCUGCAAGCCCAGAAAACUCUCCCUGCCCGAGCUCGCUGCAGCUUUUGGAGUAGUUUCCUUCAGAGUUUUGUCCUCGAGGAAAACACAGAAGUAAAACCUUUUUUAAUUGUUAACCCGCUUGUUUUUUAAAUAUUUCUUUUAGUCACAUCCUCGUCCCGUUCACAGAGCCACAGGCUCCGAGCUCCUCCCCUUUUUCUCUUUCACUCGCUCAGCUGUCACUCUGUCUGUCACUCUCAGGAUAUCCCCUUCCCUUCUUUCUAGGGUUUCAUAAUGCACCAGGAGCUCGUUCAGAGGCAGGGCUGGAUUUCAUCCCGCUGCUUUCCCCUCCUGUGAGGAUAAGGGGCAACUAUUGAGCACUUCUUCAGCAUGAAUCCACAGACGGGGGUCAUGGAAACAAGGAAAGGUCCCAGGCCGGCGCCUCACAGAGACUCACACUUAACUUUUAAUAACUAAAAAAACAAAUCACCUGAUUAAUUAUUGACCUUUCAGAGGUGUUUUUAAGGGGAGAUUUACAGGAGCAGGGUUGUGUUUUUUUUUUACAUUUUCUGUCGGAUCUGUUGGAUUUUAAAAACAUGGGAAACGCAGCAGGGAGCAUGGAGGUCCCCCAGGGGAAGGAGGGCAAGACGACGUCGGCCCCUCCAAGCUCAACAGGGUCCCAGAGGCAAACCGCGGACCUCAAGCUCCCCAUGCCACCUGAGGAGGAACUGGAGCAGCGCUUCAGUGCCGUGCUGAACACCAUGAAUCUUCCUCCAGACAAGGUGAAGAUCCUCAGUCAGUACGACAACGAGAAGAAGUGGGACCUGAUCUGUGACCAGGAACGGUUUCAAGUGAAGAAUCCUCCUUCAGCGUAUCUGGAGAAGCUGAAGAGUUGUCUGGAUCACGGAGGCGGCGGUCGAAAGUUUAAGAGACGAGUCCAGGAAUCCACUCAGGUCCUCAGAGAGUUGGAGAUUUCCCUGAGGACCAAUUACAUCGGCUGGGCUGAGGAGUUUCUGAACGAGGAGAACCAGGGUCUAGAUGUUCUGGUGGAUUAUCUCUCCUUCGCCCACAGUGCAGUCACGUACGACGUGGACUUCCUGGACAACGGCACGCUGGCCACAGACAAAAACAAAACUUUGGAGAAGUCGGCUGAUGACCUGAGCAGAAGUGCCAGCAACUCUCCCACUCACAGCGCCUCCAAGGCCAGCAAGACGUUCACAGUCAGAUUCAACUCUCUCCAAAACAGGAAAGCUCUGAGGAACUCUCGACCUGUGAGCCAGACCGACGACGUCCACCUCUGCAUCAUGUGUUUACGUGCCAUCAUGAACUAUCAGUCGGGGUUCAACCUGGUGAUGAAACACCCGUGCUGUGUCAACGAGAUCACACUCAGCCUCAACAACAGAAACCCACGGACGAAGGCGCUGGUUCUGGAGCUGCUGGCCGCCGUGUGUCUGGUGAGAGGAGGUCAUGACAUCAUCCUCUCCGCCUUCGACAACUUCAAAGAGGUGUGCGGAGAGAAGAGCCGCUUUGAGAAGCUCAUGGAGUAUUUCUGCAACGAGGACAGCAACCUGGACUUCAUGGUGGCCUGCAUGCAGUUCAUCAACAUCGUGGUCCACUCAGUGGAAAACAUGAACUUCAGAGUUCACCUGCAGUACGAGUUCACUCAUCACGGGCUCGACGAAUACCUGGAGAAGUUGAAGUUCACAGAGAGCGACAGGCUGCUGGUUCAGAUUCAGGCGUACCUGGACAAUGUGUUCGACGUUGGCGCUCUGCUGGAGGACGCCGAGACCAAGAACGCUCUGCUGGAGCACAUGGAGGAGCUGCAGGAGCACAACACCCAGUUGAGCUGCAGACUUCAGGAGACGGAGAAGGAGGCGAUGGAGAAAACCUCGGACCUGGAGAAGAAGCUCAUCCAGACGACUAAAGAGGUGGAGCUGCUGAAGGAGAGUCUCCGGGAGUCGUGCUCUCAGGUGAGUCUCCUGCAGCAGCGGGAACGAGAGAGGGAGCUCGAGCGAGAGAGGGACAAAGAGAGGGAGAGAGACCAGGACAGAUCCGUUCAGGCCCUGAAGGAGCUGGAGGUCAGAGUCCAGGAUCUGGUGGAGCAGGGGCUGAUCCGUAUGGAGCGCUCCUCCUCGGGACGCCUGGACGUUCAGGUGGUCCCCGUUACCCGACACGAGUCACAGAAGGCUGAAGAUCGUUCAGAUAAAAACCACGAGGUCGUGACCUCCUCCUCCUCAGACACUCAGCCCGACCUCACUGAUGUUCCUCUGCAGUCAUCAACAGUACAAGCUCCGCCUCCUCCUCCACCACCACCUCCUCCUCCACCUCCAGCCUCAACUCCAGCUCCUCCCCCUCCUCCUCCUCCUCCAGCAGUAGCUCCGCCUCCUCUGCUGCUUGUGUCUGAUGGGAGCUCAGGUUGUAAAAAAAAGAAGCCCAUUCAAACCAAGUACCGGAUGCCGCUCCUGAACUGGCAGGCGCUCAAAUCCAACCAGGUGGCAGGAACCAUCUUCAACGAGCUCGACGACGAACAUGUCUUAGAGGAGCUGAACAUGGCGGCCUUUGAGGAGCAGUUUAAGACCAAAGCUCAGUCCUCUCCUGUAGAACUGGGGACCCUUAAGAUGAAACGGGCCCAUAAGACCCCCAGCAGGGUGUCUCUAAUGGAGGCCAACCGGGCCAAAAACCUGGCUAUCACUCUGCGUAAGGAGGGGAUGGCUGCGUCUGACAUCUGCUGUGCGAUAGAGACCUACAACCAGAGAGCUCUGAGUCUGGACUUCCUGGAGCUGCUCGAGAGAUUCAUCCCCACGGAGUACGAGACGAAGCUCAUCCACAACUACGAGUGCGAGGGCAGGCCCCUGGACGAGCUCAGCGAGGAGGACCGCUUCAUGGUGCGCUUCAGCAAGAUCCCGCGCCUCUCCCAGCGAAUCAGCAUGCUCACCUUCAUGGGCAACUUCCCCGAGAGCGUCCAGACAAUACAGCCCCAACUGAACGCUCUUAUCGCUGCUUCCAUGUCGAUCAAAUCCUCCAGCAAGCUGAAGAAAAUCCUCGAGAUCAUUUUAGCGUUUGGGAACUACAUGAACAGCAGCAAACGAGGAGCGGCGUACGGUUUCCGCCUGCAGAGUUUAGAUCUGCUCUUAGACACUAAAUCCACAGACCGCAGACAGACGCUGCUUCACUUCAUCGUCUGCAAAAUUCAGGAGAAAUACCCCGAGCUCCAGACCUUCUACAGCGAGCUGCACUUCCUGGACAAGGCGGCGCUGGUUUCUCUGGACAGCAUCCUGCAGGACGUGCGCUCUCUGGAGAGAGGUCUGGAGCUGACCAGCAGAGAGUUGUCGGUGGAAAAAGAUAAUCCAGUCCUGCAGACGUUUCUGAGCAGCAACACGGCGCUGCUCAGCUCUCUCAUCGCUGACGGGAAAACAGCCCAGGACGCGUACGACUCAGCCGUGGAGUACUUUGGGGAGAACUCUAAAACCACUCCGCCCUCCGUCUUCUUCCCGUUUUUCAUCCGCUUCAUUAAAGCGUACAAGCAAGCUGAGCAGGAGAACGAGCUGAGGAAGAAACAGAAAGGCGUUCAGACUGAAGCUCCGCCAACGCCGCCCAAACCUGAUGACACCAGAAACAAGGUGUGUGUGACGUCCAAACCGCCUCACAUGGAUCUGAUCGCCGAGCUGAAGAAGAGACAGGUGACCCCUCUGGUGAGGGAGGGGAAGGACGGGGCGAUCGAGGACAUCAUCACAGCUCUAAAGUCCGUGCCCUUCACGGCUCGCUCUGCCAAACGCUCCUCUCGUCUCUUCUGUGACUCCGUCUUCAGUGAGGAGAUUUAAGGAAUCAGCCGUACAGACGGACGGACGGCAGCCGGCGCAGCACCAAGUGGAAACCAGGACAGCAGCUGCACGUGUCCUCAGACAUCUCCCUGUGAACAAAAAAACUAACACAACAACAACAACUACACACAAAGCACAAAGCGCCGCCAUAAACUCACCACGGCAACCGGCUCGUCGUCUCCUGCAUGUUGAAGCCUGCAGACGUGAGCAUGAAUGAGAUCACACAGAGAGGCUCCUUCCUGAUGAAUUAGAAACUGAUGACUGUAGAGAGGAUCUGUGAUUUAGACAAUCAGAUAUAAGAGAGGAUAUUAUCUGCUCUCAGAGAUAACGGCGCCGGCUGUCAUACGAGCUCGUUAAGACGAUUAAAUGUUCGGCAGAGACGCCGCCGCUCGCCUCAGAGUGACUCUUCAAAGACGUCAAACUUUGAUGGACGGAGCGCCGCUCAUAAAUCAUUUUGAUCGUUUUCUUUAAAAAAAAAGCUCCACACAUGAUUUUUUAAUUGGUUUUAUUUGAAGUAGAUUAUUAAUCGAGCUGUCCGUCGUCCCGUCCUCGAGGAAACCUCAAAUUCAGGCUGAAGAUUUGUAAUAUAUUUAAAUUAUUUUUACUACUGAGGCGUAAUGAUGGAGAACUUCGACUGUGCUUCUGCAUUUCAACUAAUAAACCAUUUUAUACCGUCA